AUGGGAGGACAGCAGCAAGCACCAGAGGGACCGGCGAAUGGAUCCACAGCUCAGGUCAAGUCAUCUUCUGACUCGAAUACCCAACGAGGAUCGUCCCAUCGCUCCCCUGUUGCCAUCGAUCACAUCAUGGGACAUGUCCCGACGCAUCUUCGUGCCUCUAAUGGACUGCCCUUCUUCACCAUCGAAAGUCGGCAGUGGAUGGAGUCGCGCACCGGUCAGACCAUUGAUUUCGAUCGCCUGUCUUUAAACAGUGCGCGAAGACAUAGCCAAUCGGUGGGCGGCUUGGCGACUACAAGGGAGUACUUCCAGACCCAUCAUCAUCCUGACCUACCGGAUAGGAGCAAGGUACUGUUGGUAUUCCAGUUCUUCAGACGUACCUGGCUGCAUCGCUUUUUCCCUCUGCUCCACCCAGACCUAUUUCAUUACACCAUGGAGGCGGCAUACGAGAAUAAAGCAUCGGAUGCCUCACCUGAUCCUUCCACGGCUAAAGCCUGUAUUUUUGCUUUCAUGGCAUUCAUAAAUUCUUGGCCCUUCGAUCAAGCCCUGCCCGACAAUAAUAAUAUUCAAGAGUAUGGUCACCAAGCGCAGUAUCUUCUGUCAGAGUCUUUGGAUGGAGCGGCCACUAUAGAUGGAAUCCAAGCAUUGCUGAUGCUCUCUCUUUUUCGACUGCAUCGUUUUAGUGCCCCCCAUUCAGUCGACUCGCUCUUCCAGGCCUCGGUCCGCCACAUUUUCACCCUUGGGGGCCAUCUACAUCGGCACGUUCAGAAAUCACCCACCGUCUUCAACUUACACUGUCGAUUCCUUUUCUGGUUAGCCUACCUCUGCGACAGGGAACUCUCUCUCAGGACCGGCCGCCCCCCAGCAAUUUGCGACGAUUACUGUGACCUCACUCUCCCAGAUGAAGACGAACUCGCCAUGGAAUUUGGCUACCACGACCACCAAACCCCAGCGAAUCUUAAUCUUGCACUUUUCUUCCCCACAGACAUCAGGCUCAGCCUUGUUCAAUCCCAGAUCACUAGGAAGCUGUACUCUCCUCAAGCCGCACUAGCCUCUGAUGCGGAGUUGUUGAAGACCGUUCGAGAGCUGGAUGAUGAGUUGAAUGAGUGGUAUCGCAGCCUGCAGCUGCCGAACAAUGACCAGGGAGUGGUGUUCACCCAGGAAGAGAUUUACCUGCGCUCGUGCUUGCUACAAUUGCAACACCAAUACUGCAUUGCUGCCAUUCAUCAGAUGAGUACGGGAUGCGCGGCAUGGAUAGCCGAUCCCAGCAGCCGAGCCUUGGGCAUCACUUUGAGCUUAGAGGUUGCGGCCAACGCGAGCCGCGCACUUCUGCGACAGUUUCUUGUCAUGCAAGAUGCAUUGGCACAGGAGGUGUUUUGGUAG